CGAUAAAGAGAACUACGUUAAGCGAAGUAUUACUGUAAUAAUAUUUGUAGUGGCAUUUUGAUAUUGUGAUUUCUAAAUUUGGAAUACACCUGGGUCACUUCCUCGAGACUAUGCUAAGACUGUCUCGAGGGAAAUGAUGGAAUAUGCACAUGAUUAAUGAGGUUUCGUGGGUAUUUUUGGCCGGACAAAAUGGGAAGACGUGGCAACGUUGCAUAAUAUUGGUGGUGUUUCGUGACUGGAGGAACCGAGGUCGGCCCCAGAAUUGCCGCGCUCGGUGUUCGCAAAAAAGCCUCUUUCAGGAAGAACCGGAUGGGAUGCGGAUUUGGCGCUCGUCCUCCUCGCUCAGGAGCAUCGACGCAAUAUAUUUUUAUCCACCUAUUCCCGAUCUAUGUGUGCGUGAAUGAAAUAUAAUGGCGGACUCGGACGAUAUUCAUUUGUUAAAGCAGACUAGGAUCUCCGUUCUUGUCGACGAAGCCCUGCCCGAUAUCCUUGUUGUCACCUACGAAUUUGGCUUGAAAAUAUUCAAGGGAGUCCUCCUAGACUCCACCAAAAAAAAUUUACCAUGCGGUGUGGCAGGUCUGAAUCCUGCCUUCAGUGUACCAUCAAAAGCACCUGCCACAGCAACAGCCGCAGAGGAUCCCCUUUAUUCAGUAAACCAAAGAUAUGCAUACACAGACCCUGCAAAUGUUGUCAAGAAGAAGAAUGUCAUCUCCUCAAAGUACAAAAACAACAAGAUGACAGUACGGCUAAGACCUAGGCAGGUGCUCUGUUCAAAAUGCAAGGGUAUAUGCAAUGAAAAUUCCGAGAAUGUGACAAGGAAACGGAAAUCCACAGAAACCAUCCUAUCCCCGCCAAUCAAAAGGAGCGCGAAUGCGCCCAUAACCAGGUCUGUGAACACGGUGCUGAGCAAGAGCAAAAAGGCACCAGAGAUGAAGAGGACGCUGAUACCAAAAGCGCCGCAAGAGCAGAUCCCGACCGCUCUCAGUGGAAAUGUAAAUAAAAUCAAUAUAGAUAAUAACAAGAAACCUUUAGUUACUGUAUCGAAUUUACCCCAAACUUGUGAUAAUGUUAAGAGUAACGUCGACAAUAUGAGCCAUUCCCCGCUCGAGAAUGCGGACGCGAAUGAUGUUGUGCAGCAGCUGGCCGAGUUCAGGCGCAACCUGCGGAAUAAGAAGCGAUGUGAUGAACACAAUAACCAACCGGAGCAGCAGACCACGCCAAGGACUAUAAAGAUAUGCUACGGACCUCAGGGAGAAGGAACGGUGCUGAAGAUACCCGCUCAGAUCGAGAAUCUGAACGUUGAAGAUGAUCUGGGCGAGAACGUGAACGUCGAGGAGAAGGAGACCAACAAAGCUGCCAGGAAGGCGAUGAAGAAGGCCAAGAAGGAAGCAAAGAAGAAAGUCAUUGUUAGUUCACCAGACCUCAGCGCGUCCAGGUACGGCGGAUCAUCGCCUAGGUACACGGUGGGUAGUGCUUCGCCUAGACAUGGGCUGGGUAACCAUUCGCCUAGGUACGUCACUGCCACGGCUUCGGAGCCGACCACGCCGAAGAAGCGGAAACGCAAGUUGAAGCAUAAAAAGAAACAUCGCGAGGACAAGGAUCGGAAAUCAUCAAACAAGGACGGGGACGAGGAACCGUCAAAGGAGCCCUGUCUUACCCAAAAACUAUCGAUAAACCUGAAACGCUUAAGUACUUCGUACACGUCGUGCUCCAAUGAUAAGACUGAUGACUGUAGCUCCGAUGAGAGCGAACAAGUGCCGGACUUCCCAGAGACGAAUCCCAGCGUGCUGCUGAGGCUGCCGUCCUCACCUGCGAUCGGCAACGCUUCGGGAAUCGAUGGAUGUCGCAUGACAGUAGGCGAAGUGGUUUGGGGAAAGCUGCCGGGAUUCCCCUGGUGGCCAGCAAGGAUUUUGACGCUAUCUAGUUGCGAGGGCGGCGACUGCCAAGCUCACAUCUCCUGGUUCGGGUCAACGACCUCCUCGCUGUUGCAGUGCAACCAGCUGUGCUUGUAUUUAGAUAAUUUCAAAGUGUACUAUGACAAAAAGAAGCGAGGACCAUACAAGGAAGCCAUUAAACAGGCCACCGACGAGGCCCGACAAAGGGUGGAUCAAAGCAUCGUCGUGUCUCCAGCCAGGAGUAUCGUAGCUGUAGUCCCGCCAGCGCUGGCUUCACCGCGCGAGAUCAAUGUUACGUCGUAGAGAAAUCAUUACAGAUCGAUCACUCACUCACUGCAAAUAUUAAUGAUAACAAAGUGAAUUCAAUUUAGUGCUUUAAAUUAUUAUAAUUGUUUUUCUUUAACGUGUAUUCACGGUUUAGGCGAACGCUAUUUGUUUGAUACAUUUGUUUCAUGUUAUUGUUGGCAUUUUUUUUUUCGUUGUUGGUUCAGGCACUGGUUUGCAUUAUUCAGACGGCUUUUAAUUCAUUCUUGCAGUAAUUUGUACGGAUUUAAGUUUAGCGUAACACAGGCAGAUGCGACAAAACAAAUAAUAUAUACACAAGAAUAACAAAAAAAAAUACAAAAGAAAAGUAAGGUAUUCCAAAAUAUAUUUUGUGAUAAGUUUAGCGGAAUUAAAGGUGUACAUAUACAGAUUUAAAACAAUACAAAAAAAUAUAAAAUUAUAUAUAUAUAUUUAAAAAUAUAUUGAUGAGGGUUGGACGGAGAGAAAUACGGGGAUUAAAACAACCAGUAUAUAUCUAUAUAUAUAAAUGUAUUCCUAAGAAAGCGUGCUGGAAUUUAUGAUUCAAAAUGAAAUUUGUUUAUACUGUUAUAU